AUGGGUCUCGAAAUAAAAAGAGAAAAGGAUGCCAGUAUCUGCUCCUUUGAUUUGGGCAUCAACAAAGGGCAUCAGAAGCUUGUCACAUGGGACCUCACGGUUACCGGCCUAGUGAGGCUCCCAAUGUCGAGUGGAGAAGACGAGGAAGACGGACUGUCGUUGGAAGGACUGUUGCCAAGACCGCCAAGACCGCGCCGAAAAGUGUUUCUCGAGAAAUUGGCCAUUGGUCGAAGAAAGUCAACGGGCCAAGAAUUCUUGCACAGUAAACAUCUACCAGGCGGGAGCCCAAUAAUCGCAGAUCCAGAGUCGCAAGUCAGAAGAGUAACGAGGUCCCACAGCAAUGCUAAUGUCCACGGUUUCAAAGCCCAGUGGGGUGAUGCCCUCGUCUCUCAAGAGCCUAUACAAACCUCCUUGAGUCAAUUACGUCAGACUGUUGUAGUGUACGAGAAGCAGGCGAGCAACGAGAAAUGGGGGGAACUCUGGCGAAUUCGAGCAGAUGUCGCAGAACUCGAUACUUUGGCAAGAGCAGCUCUGGACAAGCAGAAGUCUCGAAAGACACCUUUCAAGGGGCUGGAAAGGUUCUCUACGGUAGCUUUGGAAUCUUCAAAACUACUAGAUGUGAUUAUGAACCAGUGUCCGGAAUACGUGGCUCUGGCUUGGGGCGUCACGAAGCUUCUCCUAGUCGCAAACAUCAAUCACUCAAGGCUCAAACAAAAUGUCGAAUCACACUAG